AUGGCGGCUAACGCUACCACUAACCCGUCGCAGCUGCUUCCUCUAGAGCUUGUGGACAAGUGUAUAGGAUCAAGAAUUCACAUUGUGAUGAAGAGUGAUAAGGAGAUUGUUGGCACACUUCUGGGAUUUGAUGACUUUGUCAAUAUGGUAUUGGAAGAUGUCACUGAAUUUGAAAUCACACCAGAAGGAAGAAGAAUUACUAAACUAGAUCAAAUUUUGCUAAAUGGAAAUAAUAUAACAAUGCUGGUUCCUGGAGGAGAAGGACCUGAAGUAUGA